AUGCUUGCAGUGGGUCCAGGAAAUUCCACUAUGGUGGUAACUGAGUUUUUUCUACUAGGGUUUGGAGACCUCAAGGAACUGAACCCCUUGCUCUUCCUGGUAUUUGGCACUGUCUAUCUAGUCACGGUUUCUGCUACUCUUCUUCUUGUGGUGCUCGUAUGCACUCAACAAGUACUCCAGACUCCAAUGUACUUCUUUCUGGCCAACCUUUCAUGCCUAGAGAUCUGUUAUACAUCCAACAUUGUACCGGGGGGGUUGGUGGACUUACUAUGGGAAAAUAGGAUGAUCUCCAUGGUAGGUUGUGUAAUUCAGCUAUACUUCUUUGGGGCCCUGAGGAGCACUGAGUGCUAUCUCCUGGCAGUAAUGUCAUAUGACUGGUACCUGGCCGUCUGCUGGCCUUUGCACUAUUCAACACUAUUACACGGAACCCUAUGUGUAGGGAUAGCAAUUGGCUCAUGGCUGUGUGGUUUCUCAGUGGCAGCUGCCUUCCAGGCUGCUAUGCUAUCCAGCUUGACUUUCUGUGGAGGCAAUAAGGUUGACCAUUUCUUCUGCUACUUGAAACUUCUGCAGAAGCUCUUCUGCUCUGAUCCCCAUCUGGUUAACAGAGUCUGCAUGAGUCUAACAUCUCUGGCAACCCCGGUCCCCUUUAAACUAACUUUAGCCUCCUACUGGAAGAUUCUUGUUGUAGUCUUGCAUAUACCUUCCAUUAUUGGCAGGCAAAAGGAAUUUUCCACAUGUUCUUCUCAUUUAAUUGUUGUGAUCUUGUUUUAUGGGACUUUGAUCUUGGUCUAUGCUGUACCCUUGGCUGGCCAGGUGCCAGCUCUCAACAAGACCUUCUCCUUGUUCUAUCCUGUUGUUACUCCAAAGUGGAACCCUCUUAUCUACAGUCUCAACAAUAAAGAUGGCAGGGAGACUCGGAGAAAACUGAUGAUUCGAUUCUGUGAUUUUCAUUUCACUUAA